AACGCCUCACUGCGGUUCUCAGUCCAGCUCACGCAGCCACAUGGCCAAGCUACUGAUAAUCGCAGAGGUGUUCGCAUUCUAUGUCACUAUAGUGCGUGCACAAUAUAAUGAAGGUGAUCGCCACGGAGUUUCAGAGCCAAGCGACUUUGCCAUUGGAAGUGAUUCGGACUUCAGACGGCACAGUGAAAAAAUACAUGAAGACUAUUACAUUUCUAAGCACAUCAAUCAACAAGAUUUCCAGGGAGCAAGUGAUGAUAUAGCUCCCCAUUUCAUCAACCAUAUUGUCAAAACUUCGCGCUCCAAUUCAUAUGGCCCAUCUGUAAUCUUAGACAGGAGUGCUAGAUCGGUUCCUAUAGCACCAAACUUACGGCCCCUUCCAUACAAUCCCAAUCUGAGACCUAUACCCUCUGACCCUAACCUUCAUCCCAUACCCUCAAGUCCCCCAAACUUAAAACCGAUACCUUCAGAUCCAAAUAUUAGGCCUAUACCCUCUGACCCUAGCUUGCAUCCCAUACCCUCAGAUCCCAAUGUCCAGCCACUCCCAUCAGAUCCAAAUUUAAAACCUAUUCCUUCAGAUGCAAAUCUUAGACCUAUACCUACUGACCCUAACCUCCGCCCCAUACCGUCAGAUCCGAAUUUAAAACCCAUACCUGCAGAUCCCAACCUUAGACCUAUACCCUCUGACCCUAACCUCCAUCCCUUACCAUCAAAUCCCAAUGUCCGUCCGAUCCCUUCAGAUCCAAACCUAAAACCGAUACUUUCAGAUCCCAAUCUUAGACCUAUACCCUCUGACCCUAACCUCCAUCCCUUACCAUCAAAUCCCAAUGUCCGUCCGAUCCCUUCAGAUCCAAACCUAAAACCGAUACUUUCAGAUCCCAAUCUUAGACCUAUACCAUCUGACCCUAAUCUUCGUCCAGUACCCUCAGAUCUCAAUGCCCAGCCUCUACCUUCAGAUCCAAACUUAAGGCCCAUCAGUUGAGGUCCUGAUGUAUGACUAAUUUCUUCAGAUUCAAAUGUAAGAUCAAUCGUCUCCUAUCCCAGUGACUUAUUAAUCUCUAAAUAUCCUAAUUCAAAGUUAAUGUCCUUCCACUAUAAUAUUAUAAAUAUACCUUUGCCGUCAUCGCUCCACAUCCCAUAUUGAGGCAUGUAGCCACAACUCUUACCAAGGACCAAGUUCAUUAGCUCCCUGCGUCCAUUCUACACCCUCAAGCCAGUAUACCUGACCAUUACACUCUAUUGCCCAUGUUCGUCCAUGAUUUAGUGACUUCAAAAAUUACUACGUUCUAUGUAGGAUAUUUUGAACUGUGUGACACUUUGAAUAUUUUCAGAAAUGUUGUGUAAUGUACCACAUAAAUAAUUUUAACUUUAUGCCGUUUAAACAA